UGCGCAUGUCCGCGUGUGCACGGCCAGAAACAGACAAGAGAGCUGAAUUGAGGAAAAACUGGCAAAGACAAAGGACUGAGACACAUUUACAGAACCAGGAGACACUAUAUUGAGUUUUUUACACCGGUUUAUAAUAGCCAAGGUGUUCGAGGACCACCAGGAAGCGGACAGGUUUCUUUGACUCCAAGCAUCGAAUCCUUGUUGAAUCCAGAGGAACCGACCCCUCCUGGUCGAUGGAAAUACCUGCGAAUCUCUAGUCUCGUAUGGAAACAGCUGCAAACCGGAGAUGGAGGAAGUGGAAACACACACCUCUUUUGUGGAGUAAUCGUCAUUUCGCUUCGGGAGCAUCUUUGUUUGCUGGCAGUUCCAUCAUCUUGAGUUCCUGUUGACCUUUUCUCCACGUCUACCCUUUAGAGAGCAGGUGUUAAACCCCCCCCCCCCGCUCCUCUCCUCGGCUGGGAGGUUGCUCUGGUAAUGGUUGCCAUGAUGCUGAUCGGGAAGCUGGCUUUCUCCCAUGCUGAUGUAGCGUCGUGAAGCUGGUAGUUGUGGAGCUGGAGGAGAAGGAGGUGUUGGAGGAGGAGGAGGAGGAGGUGGAGGAGGUGAACGUUUGGGGAUGGGCAGCGCUCCAUAUCCAGCGGGGGAGUGGAAGGGGAAGGGGAGAGGAGGCCUUCAGGAGCUGGGCUGCAUGCGCUGGAAGGUCAGCAAGCAGAAAGGAGGAGGAGGCGGAGGUAGAGGAGGAGGGGAGGCAGCAGAGGAGAGGAGGUGCAGGGAUCCCACGGACCCUCAGCAGGAUCUCUCGUCCUCCUCUUCCUCCCUCACCCCUCCUCUUCCUCCCCCUCUGACCCCGCCGCCCAUUUAUCAUGAGAAGCAGCGGCGGGAGCUGUGCGCCCUUCACGCCCUGAACAACGUCUUCCAGGACGGCACGGCCUUCAGCAGGGACGCCCUGCAGGAGAUCUACCAGAGGCUUUCUCCCAGCACUCUGGUGACGCCGCACAAGAAGAGCAUGCUGGGAAACGGGAACUACGAUGUAAACGUCAUCAUGGCGGCGCUGCAGACCCGCGGGUUCGAGGCCGUUUGGUGGGAUAAAAGAAGGGAUGUGGGCAGCAUCGAGCUGUCCAACGUGACGGGCUUCAUCCUGAACGUCCCGUCUAACCUGCGCUGGGGUCCUCUGAUGCUGCCGCUCAAACGCCAGCACUGGAUGGGAGUCAGGGAGGUGGGGGGGGUCUACUACAACCUGGACUCCAAGCUGCGCAGCCCUCAGCCAAUCGGAGCGCCUGACCACCUCAGGAAGUUUCUCCGGCAGCAGCUGCGAGGGAAGAACUGUGAGCUCCUAUUGGUCGUCUCAGAGGAAGUGGAGGCGCACCAAACAUGGCGGACGGACGGCUAACAGGUUCAACCUGCCGCUCUCAACGGGCCAAUCACAGGACAGGAAGUCGUGCACAGCCAAUCACGUGGAUGCAGAUGUUCUUCUCCUCCAUUUCUUUUUGAGGUUUUGUUUACACGGCCAUUGCUGGACUCUUUAUCGGAGAGGAUGCAAAGCAAUGAAGGAAGCAAACACUUUACAGGGAGAAUCACAGUCCUGUACUCACAACACACUUAUACAAAUCUUGUGUUUUUAUAUAUAUAUAUAUAUAUUGACUAUUUUUCAAUGUCAGUUUUUGUUUCUUUUUACUGUUUCCAAAGUGAUGGGAGUUUAUGAAAAAUGCUGAUUAUCCGCAGUGACGCUCCCGGCUUCAGCCAUGUUUCCACAGACGUGUUUCCCGUCCUUCACUUUCACCAAAGCGUGCCCUUUCUGCCUCUUUUUUUCAUCUCAUCACAGGUCAAAAUCAAGUGAUUCAUCACGUUGCCAACUUUGUAUUUCAUCCACUUUUCCAAACACAGUUUUAUAUUAUGCAACAGAGCAUCUUUCACUCAGUUUCCUAGAAGUAAUGGCGUCAUUAAUCCAGUUUUCUGUGAUUGUUCACAUUGAAACGGUUUCUCUAAAGUAGAGAGGGGGACAGGAAAUAAGGCUAACGUAAUGGUUGUCAUCUCUUAUUAAGAGUUAUACUGCAUACAAUACAAGAAGACAUCUAAUUAGGGAGAAAAACCUUCUAUCUUAAUUAUUCAAACUCACAGAAAUGUGCCGUACUUUAUGUAAACAGUUAGCGUGACUUUGCAAAAGCUAGAUCUGGGGUUUAUUGUGCUAACGAUACUCAUGUGGACUGAAAUUGGUUCUAGAUGUAAUAUAUUUCAAAUGAGGGUGAUAAGAGAAAGUGUUUCUAUUUUUGUUCAAAUGUAAUCUUACAAAAUGACAUUAAUUGACCGUACCUAAUUUAAAAAUGUCAGCCCCAGGGAGAGUUAUUUUGGACUUUUAAAGAGGCCCUAUCGUGCUUUUGGGGGGUAUGAGAAGCAGUAUGAGAAAGAGCUUUUUGAGCAUUAAAGCAUGUCACAGUAGAGACACUACAUACACAUAUGAAACCUGAAACUGAGUGUAAUAGGGCCCCUUUAAAAUGAAAGAGGUCAUAAACACUCAUCGAGGGUCUCAAAUGUGCAAGAGGACGUUUUAGAAAAGUGGAUUCAGGAGGAGAUGAAGCGCAGUGUGCCUAGGUGUAGAGAAAUGUAAAAAGGAAAGUAGAUUUUGUGGUUUUUUUUUGGUGGAUUUCUGUGAAAAGAGCCUUACGAGAGAUUCCUCUGUUUGUAGCUUUCAAAUCAGCUCAAGAGAAACUGUUAUUUCUAUUGUCUCUAAACGACGAUAUUGGCCUUAACUUGUUUACAUUUCAAAUAUAUAUAUGUGUUGCUCUGAAAGAAUAAGAUGCCAUUUAUCAGGAGAUUUAAUCCAAAGCACCAAUUUAUCAGAUCACAUAAUUUAAAUAUGAUGUUUUCACUUUUGCAGCCAAGGGCUUUGUGUCAUUUUCUUUGGACCUUCAAGCUCUAAAUGUCGCGUUAUAUCAACGUGAAGCAUCAGAGAGGUUUUCAUUCAUUUGCUUUUGGAGAUUUCUGGACCCACUCGCAUCAUAUCUCACGGUUGCAUUUAUUCAACAUGUGCUUUUUUUGUUGCCAUGACAAUCCAUUCAGCCCUUCCCACUGAAGGAAUCCUGAUAUUGUUGUAUUUUUUUUAUGUUUGGCAUAGAAAUAAAAUGCUUAUAAUGGCACUUUAUGUAUAAACGACA